GUUCUAACUUCUAAUAAAUUGAAAUUAUGUAGAUAGUUUUAUUUGUUUUUUUUUCUUGAAAUUAAUAGUCUCUUUUAAUGCAAUUUUUGACAAUUUAUCUCAAAUUACCCUUAAUAAAAGUAGCAAAGCCGAACCAAUUUUAGAUUACUAAAGAUCAAUAACCUUAUUUAACUCGACAAAUUCUCUAAUCAAACCUUACAAUUACAAAUCAAACUCGCACAACCUGAACACCAAACCUUCGGGGUGGGAUCGUGAAUUCAUUAAUCAACAUUCGCAUCAUCAUCUUCGAUAAAAAUCGAAACUUUCAAUUGAAAAAUCGAAAAACCCUUGUUCAUCUCUCUCAUAAAUUCUCCUCCAUUUUUGAAGAAACCUCAGAACAACAACAAUAACAACAACCAUGGAUUUCCAGGUGGUUGUGCUAGCUGGUGGCACUUCCAAAAACCUUGCCCCUCUUGUUUCCAAGGAGGUACCCAAAGCAUUGCUCCCAGUUGGGAAUCGCCCAGUAGUUUCUUAUGUAUUGGACCUUUUGGAACAAAGCAAUCUCAAGGAUAUUAUUGUGGUGGUUGGAGGUGCAGAUGCUGCUGUUAAAGUUGGUGGAUGGAUUUCGAGUGCGUAUGUUGAUCGUCUUCGUGUCGAGGUUGUUGCAGUUCCAGAGGAUAAAGGAACUGCUGGAGCUCUUCGUGCUAUUUCACGUUACUUGACUGCCAGCGACAUUUUGGUGGUAAGUGGGGACCUUGUUUGUGAUGUUCCUCCGGGGGCUGUGGCAGCUGCUCAUAGACGACAUGAUGCAGUUGUGACUGCAAUGCUUUGCUCCACCCCUAUUAGUGGAUCUACAGAAUCUGUAUCGUCCAGCGGAAAGGAUAAAGCAAAGAAACCAGCACGUCGUAAUAUUAUAGGGUUGGAUGUCACAAAACAAUUUUUACUGCACAUAGCUGCAGGCACUGAGGUUAAUAAAGAUAUGAGAGUUCAGAAGAGCAUACUACGUGCAGCUGGACAGAUGGAGAUCCGAACUGAUCUUAUGGACGCCCAUUUAUAUGCUUUCAAGAGAUCUGUUCUUCAAGAAGUUCUUGAUAAGGAUCUUGACCAGAAAGAGAAAUUUAGAAGCCUAAAGCAGGAUGUGCUGCCCUAUCUUGUCCGGACACAACUGAGAUCAGAUGUUUUGGCAAAUGUGACUCUACAAGCAGAAGAAAAUGGGAAUGGGAUGCUUCCAUCACAUAAAAACCAAGUUAUGCUGUCCCAACUUUUGGCUAAUGCUUCUACCCCGAGUUUCCAUGAACUGUUUGCUUUGGGCCCUAAUGGUUUUGCUCGCACAGCUAGAAAAACCCACAAAUGCUGUGUUUACAUUGCCAGCAAUGACAAGUAUUGUGCACGCUUGAAUUCCAUUCAAGCUUACAGUGACAUCAACCGCGAUGUCAUUGGAGAGGCUAGCCAUCUAUCAGGGUAUACAUUUUCUCCUCAGCACAAUAGCAUUCAUCCUUCUGCUGAGAUUGGAUCAAAGACUACAGUAGGACCAUAUUGUAUAAUUGGUGAAGGUUCACAAAUGGGUGAUAAAUGUAGUGUAAAGCGAUCCGUCAUUGGUCGUCAUUGUCGGAUAGGUUCAAACGUAAAGAUUGUGAAUUCAGUGGUUUUGAACCAUAUUACUAUCAGUGAUGGCUGUUCGAUCCAAAGCUCUGUUAUCUGCAGUAAUGUACAACUUCAAGAGCGUGCAAUUUUGAAAGACUGCCAAGUUGGAGCAGGUUAUGUGGUCACUGCAGGCAGCGAAAUCAAAGGGGAAUCCCUGGCAAAGAAAUAGAUAAAUGUCUCUGCCCGAGUUUUGUUUUGUUUACUUGUCUUAGAAAAUUAAGACACUAGGCUGUUGCAGAGGCAAAUGCGAGGGUGCUUGGUUAAAUUUGUUGUAUUAAUAGGAAACUGAAUACCAGCUAGUAUCAAUUUUGCUCCAUAAUCCACAAAUUGUGCUUAGGUUUUGCUUCUAUAUAUUAAAUCAUUCUUCUACCUAUGUCACAGAUAUCUGAUUUGUUUUAGGUUUUGUGACAUUUUUCGCAAUCUUUAAAUUAGCACAACCCCAUGUAAUUCUUGUCCAUUCUACUUGAAUGAGCAAAAAUUAGCUUGCAAUUUUACAACCUA